AUGAGUUUUCAUCCAUCUCCAUCAAUUGAUUGUCAUACAACACCGAUGGAAGUAGUAUUACCGUUCAUACAGCAAACUAUGAAUUCUUCAGAUCAUAUUACGAAGAAUGAUACAAAAUAUAAUGCUAAUGAAAAUGAUAGAUCUCGUUCUUCAUCAUACACUGAUAAAACUUGUUGCCAUUAUCAUAAUUUAUCUGGUCAAUAUAUAUGUCGAUGUUCACCAAGGAAUUGUAACAAAUCAAUAUUUACUGGUGAUUUACUCUGUAUAUCUCAAAUAGGAACAUUGGCAUUUUAUCAAGCUUUACUUAGUGAAUUUAUUGGAACAAUGUUACUUACAUUAAUAUGUACAUCCACUGGUUUACCUAUUACAUCUAAACCUGUACCAGAUUUACAUGGUGCUUUCGUUGCUGGAUUUACUAUUGCGACGAUUGUUGUUGGAUUUGGUCAUAUAAGUGGUGCACAUGUCAAUCCGGCUGUAACAGUAUCAUUUUUAGUUGCAUGUGAAAUUGAUAUAAUACGAGGAUUAUGCUAUAUUGGUAUGCAAUUACUUGGUGCCAUCAGUGGUUCUUGUUUAUUAAAAUUUUUAGCACCUUCUAACGUUCAAGGAAAUUUAGGCUUGAAUACAAUAACUCCGGGUAUUACAGUUUCACAAGCCAUUUUAGUUGAAUGUAUUAUUACAUUUAUUUUAUGUUAUACAGUACAUGCUAUUUGUGAUAAAACCCGUGAAGAUAUUGGUGGUUCAAAAGCUUUAGCAGUUGGUUUAGCAAUAAUAGUCGGUUGUUUAUUUGGUGGACCUUACACUGGUGCUUCUAUGAAUCCAGCUCGAUCAUUUGGACCUGCUACUGUUACAAAUUCAUGGGAACAUCAUUGGGUUUAUUGGUUUGGUCCUUUAACUGGUUCGAUUGUAGCUGCUAUUGUUUAUACAUAUAUAUUAAAACAACAAGUACCAAUUAUUGUACGCACUGAAUCUCGUUUACAUACUUAUGAAUAG